AUGGCAGACAAAGGCGACCAAAAUGCCAACCCUCGUGGGUUUGCAGGCAAGACUGUCUCUGCAGAGGAGAUGCUCAAGUCGCAAACCGUCGGUCUCGUACAUUUAUCGGAUUUUCGCAAGCGGCGCGCAGAGGUCCUGGAGCAGAAAGAGCGCGAGGCACAUGAUAAAUCGCUAGGGCGACUGGGGUCCGGUAAUUCAAAAAGCGCGACUCCCUCUACAGGCGAUGUAACUGACGGAUCAUCCGCGGCUCCCAGCGAUGAGCCUCCAAAGAAGAAAAAGAAAAAGAAGCUUCCCGCGAAAAGCAAGCUCUCUUUCGGCGACGACGCCGACGAUGAGGAUACAGGCGCAGACUCUGCGGCAACUCCGUCAAGCAUAUCUCGAUCGGGCUCGAAGACUCCCGGCGAAGAGGGGGUAAUUCCAGCCUCUACGCGAAUAAAAGCGAACCCAAAUGCACGACCACCCCCGAAAGCAGUCACAAAGGCCUCGCUUCAAUCUGAGGCGCAAGUCCGCGAAACAUUGCGCAAGGAAUUCCUGGCGAUGCAAGAAGCAAUCAAGAACACCGAGAUUCUGAUUCCGUUUGUUUUCUUCGACGGAACACGCAUACCGGGUGGAUCUGUCAAAGUCAAGAAGGGCGAUCCCAUUUGGUUAUUUUUGGACCGUUGCCGGAAAGUUGGUGCUGAGCUGGGCGUUGGCGGUGGCGGCGACGGAGCUGCUAAGGCGAAGAAGAACAACCGUCGGGAGUGGGCACGAAUCAGUGUUGACGACUUGAUGUUGGUCCGGGGCGAUGUGAUCGUACCUCAGCAUUAUGAGUUCUAUCAUUUCAUCGCCAAUCAAGUCCCCAGCUUUUCCAAACAGGGCGGCUUGCUGUUCGACUAUUCCAACAAGCCUCCUUCAGACAAGCCAAGCGAUGACCCUCUGUACAAACCCAACAAUGAUCAAUUAGAGGGUGCAGACAAGGAAGCUGCGGAGACUAAGGUUGUAGAUCGCCGCUGGUAUGAAAGGAACAAGCACAUUUACCCUGCUAGUCUUUGGCUUGAGUACGAGCCCGGGAAAGAGUUUGAGGAAAAGAUGACUUCGACACGACGUGAUGCUUCUGGCAAUACCUUUUUCUUUUAG